GUAAAGGCGGGAGGGCAUCAUACCUGCGCCCUUGACAGCUCGGGGAAGCUGAUCUGCUGGGGCAGGAACAGUGCAGGACAGACGUCGAUCCUCCCUGCUGUGCUUGAACACGGCUCAGUUGUCGACUUUGAUCUCGGCCAGCAGCACACGUGCGCUGUGAUGGAGGACGGCAAGCUCUUCUGCUGGGGAGAGAACGCCAUGGGGCAAGCAACGGUCCCGAGCACAGCCUUGAGCUGGAGGAGGGUCUCAGCAGGAGCAGCGCACACUUGCAGCAUCCUCGAGGACAGGACGGCCCUCUGCUGGGGAGACAAUGCCUACCUACAAGCGUCUCCUCCAGCUGGGAAGAUGUGGAUCAAGAUGUCGAGCGGAUUCUUCCAUUCCUGUGGGAUAGAGGUAGGAGGGGCGGCACUGUGCUGGGGAGGGAAGGGAUACGACGAGAACCAGGUGGACGUACCAGGAGGGAGCUCCUUGAAAUGGUCAGACGUCUGUGCCGGUAGAUCUCACUCGUGCGGCGUGCUGCUCAACGGGACUCUCCUCUGCUGGGGAGGGAACGAGUGGGGUCAGAGCAGCCCUCCUCGCCGUGACGGAUGGCAGCAAGUAUCUUGUGGCACUGCCCACACAUGCGGCGUCGCCCUUGACGGCUCCAUCUCCUGCUGGGGGAGCACGACGGACAACCGCCUGCUCGUCUCUCCUCGUGCAGAUCUCAGGUGGUCCCGCGUCUCCGCCUCCUCCGAGCACUCGUGCGGCCUUCUUGUCUCCGGUGCCAUCUCGUGCUGGGGAGCCCCGAGGGACAGCAAGCUCGCGGUC